AGCAUCGUGAUUCUUUCGGCCAGUGUCGAUACGAUCGUCGUCGUUGUUCAAGCAAUUUGAAAAAAAAGUAUCGGUGGGUGCUAAAAAACAACAGUGCGAGAUUAAUAUCCCUGGUGGUACUCUAAAAAUAUAGUGAAAACAAAAUGUAUAAAUUCGUGGUGAUUCUUUCAUUGGUCGCGGCAACAUUCGCCGCACCAGCCGCACAGGAGGUUCAACAGCGCUCCCUAUUUGAGGAGGCUAUUGAUGUCUAUUCAUCAUGUGCUGAUGAAAAUGACAUGGCCGUGUGUCUUAAACUCAAGGCAUUAAAUUUCGUCGAUAGAGCAGCACGUUCCGCGGAAUUUGACAUCACUGAUGGUCUCAAAAUUGUACAAACCGACGAAGCCAAAAAUAGUCGCGCUGACUAUGGAAGAUCGUUGAACGAAAUUGAAUCAUCAUUGCCCACUGAAGUUGAAGCUAGGGAGGCUGCUGUUGACCAGGCUCUUCUCGACAGGACCGCCAAGUUCCUCAGCACCCAUACCGUUGAACUCAAUCUCUCCAAUGAGUCCUCCUCCCGGUCCCUCGAAGAAGGUCGUGGAAAGAAGAAGAAGAUCGUCAAAUCCUUGAUCCCUCUUCUCUUGCUCUUGAAAUUGAAAUUCGCUGCCUUGAUCCCCAUUGCUCUUGGAGUGCUCGCCUUCCUCGCACUGAAAGCCCUCGUUUUUGGUAAAAUUGCCCUCGUCAUCAGCGCAAUCUUGGGUCUGCAGAAACUCAUGGGAGCGAAACAUCAAAACUAUGAGGUCGUUGGUCACGGAGGUCAUCAUGAGGAUCACCACGAUCAUGGAUGGGGAAGAUCGGCGAACUGGGAACAGGCAUCGGAUCUUGCCUACAACGCUUAUCAGCCAACCAACUAAAUUUAGUCAUCAUUUUCAACACAUCAUCCUCGUACUGCCUUAACAUGAGGCUGUCGACGGAUCAUCAAAAAGCGUCGUGACCAGACUAAUACUAGUUUUGGAUCUUAACAAUCACCAAAAAGAAACGAAAAAAAAUGGAACUCUCGACUCAGGGACUGAUUUUUAAUUUAUAGACUACUGACCUGACUUCGACUGACGUCGACAUUUACUCGUCUACAAUUUUUUUUCAUUCUGUCUGAUCAGACUUUGACUGAGUAGAUUUUCUUUUGAUUAGAUAUUGUCUGAUCAGAUCUAGACAGAAUUUUUUUAUUCUGCUUGAAUUUCCAAAUAUAUUGACACAGUUGACGAUUACAUUGAUGACAGAUGACAGUAGGCGACAAUCAAUGACAGUAGAUCAAUUGAAGACAGUUGAUGACAGUUAAACAAUUGAAGACAGUUGAUCAAAUGAUCAUGACCAAAAAGGACAGUGUUUUUUUCCACGUUGGCAUUAUUACUGGACCGAGACUGAAUGACAAUUUAGAUUAUGUAAGGAUUAUUUAUUUAUUUCUAUUUUUUCUGGACAAAGAGAGAAUUCUUGGUGAGAAGAUCGGACUGAACUGGUCACGACUCAUCUCAAAUCAUUCGUGCAGCAUCCCUUUUGGAAUCAUCGGAUGAGAUUUUUGUUGGAUUGUGUCAAUCCAAAUUGAAUCAAUAUACCGAAUGAUUCUUAGUCAGAAUUGCUCACAGACUUAUCCAAUGAUUAUUUAUUUUUUCGACAUUGUCGAUUCACCAUGUAACUUAUGUUAUUUAUAAAUAAAUAUUAAUUUUAUACAUAAAAAA